AUUCGAAUUUGACUUGUCUUUAGUACCAAAAAUCACUCAAGUGAGUUAAAAAUAAUAGGAACUAAGUCGAACUGUUUUCCAUUUAUAUGGGGUCCACAGCGAAUACUGCGCAGCGGCGACGACGGGGGCGACGACGACACAUACAUGUACGCAGGCGAUGGCUCUAGGCAGGUGAUGGCUUUAAGUCCAGGCACGCUGUGUCCAGAUUAAGUGUGUUUGACGUUUCCCACCGUGCUGUUCUAAGCCAAGACGUUGGAAGUCCAAGAUGAAGAGUCUGUCAUCCAUAAUUGUGUGUCUUCUAUUGGGUUGUGCUCCAUACGUCACAGCUAAGUGUCAGCUAGGUCAGGUUGCAAGUGCCUACUGCCAGCACAAUGGGACUCCGUGUUACUGGGUCCACGAGGUGAAGUUCCCCAUCCGGUUUGACUUCACGCCCACGAUCUUCGCGUCACUAGCUGGUAUAGAUGCAAGAUCCGACAGAAACCUCCGACUUCAAGCCCUCGUUUCCAAGGUCACCCAGGCGGGGUUCACGCUGACGUUCAGCAGCUGGGCGGAUACCCAUGUGUACCAUGCCAUGGCAACCUGGAUAGCAUGUGACGAGCAACAGAUUACAGACAAGGAAUCACUAGUUGGGUAAAGCAGACGACACCCAAACAGCAACCGAAAUUUACAUCUGUUUGACUGAAUUGUCUCAUAUAGUUUAUUCGCAAGACGCGCAACCCAAAAGUAAAUAGACAGAAAUUAAAUCAAAUUAACUCGUAGCAGAAUUGAUUAAGCAGAUGAUUUUAGGUAAAGACGCCAGUAGCUUACCGCCAGCAAAGUUACUCUUACUCCAUGCAUGUGUGCGCUAGCAAAGUAAC